CGGACGUCGUGUUGUUGAUGGGCGAGAAAUGUUCAACAUUUUCUGCUUUUGUGUGUAGCUAGCUAGGUUGUUUAACCUUCCCUUAAUUAUAUUAUAUUGGAUCAGAAGACAUAAUGUCGGAAUAUUGGAAGUCCCAGCCAAAGAAAUUCUGCCAGUACUGCAAGUGUUGGAUAGCCGACAAUAAACCUAGUGUUGAGUUUCAUGAAAGGGGGAAGAAUCACAAAGAAAAUGUUGCUGCCAAAAUUGCUGAGAUGCAAAAGAAGAGCAUUGACAAGGCGAAGCAGGAGGAUCGUCAGUCUAAAGAGUUUGCAACGAUGGAGGCGGCUGCACUGAAAGCAUAUGAGGAGGAUAUGAAAAGGUUGGGGAUAAAACCAUCAGAUUCCCCAUCUCAAACCAAAGCCCAAACGCCAAGCCCAGUUCCAUCUCAUUCUCCAUCUCAACCUUCACCUCAAUCUCGAAAACAAGAAAAGAAGCAAAAGCCUGGAAAGGAGAGGAUGCCCCGAAACGAAUCAGAGAACUGGGUGGAGGGAAAGACAAGCGAAGGACUCUCAUACUACUUCAACUCUAUGACAGGAGAAUCUCGGUGGGACAAACCAUAUGGGUUGCAGGGAAAGAGCCCACCCUCUCCACAGCCUGGUCAAACUGAGAUCUCCUUAGGUUGUGCCUGGAUGGAGGCCGUCAGUCCUGAUGGAUUUACCUACUACUACAACACAGAGACUGGAGAGUCCAGCUGGGAAAGACCUGCAGAUCUCCCUGCCGGUGGUGAGUCUGGGUCUGGGCCCAGUGGAGAGACAGUGGGCCCCCCAGGGGUAGAUGACCCAUCUGCCCCCCAGCCAGAACCCCUCUCUGGGGAGGACAGCUCAAACAGUGCCAAAGGAGCCGGGGAGGGAGAGGAUUCCAAACAAGUCACCAAGAAAAAUAAUACACCGCCUUCAGACAAGGAGGGAGAGGAUGAAGAUGGUGAUGAUGGUAAUGAUGAUGGGGGGAAGGGAGAAGGGGCCAAAGACACACCGGCAGCUGUGCCUGAAGAGAAAGAGAGGCCUACUGUUAAGAAGACCAGGAAGACCAACCCUUACGGAGCCUGGGAGCAGAUACAGGAAGAAGAAGAGCCUUAUGAGAACGUGGACCUGCAGCUGCCCCAGGUGGAAGGUGCAGCAAGCGCCCCCGCCCCCACGGAGCUGCCGCCUGAGCCCAAACCCAAGUUUAGGGAGCGUAUCAUCACCUCUCUGGGGGACGAGGGCGGUCCCGCGUCGGGAGCCGGGGCCACGUUCAGGAAGAGGAAAGCAGAGAACGGGAAAUCCUCCAGGAGCCUGAGGCAACGAGGAGAUGAUGACUAAUACCCAGGCUAACUCAAAUAUUAACUCUCUGUUAAACAGACACAAGGCUUCAGAAACUGGGGGAUGUUGUUGGAGACUGUUAUUGUGUAAGGGGACAAUUCUAGCAAUGUCAUAUAAAUACCUGGAUACACAGGUCGGGUCCCUGAGGGCUACAGAGAACCCAAUUUAUCACCAAGAUGCCAUAAUUUCAUAAAUAAUUGUUCAGGUUGAAUUUUACCCAUCCAACUCACAGUAUAUAAGCAGCUUUUGGGGUGGAGCAAUAGCCCCCACAGGACAAGCAGACGUCUGAAAGAAGCUUGAUCAGUGGCUUUGGCUGUCCUAGCUUGAAGUGUUUUCAGCUUACUCUUUACAAUUUCAUUUUUCAAUGCCUGAAGCCCCACCCCCCCUGCUUUUUUAUUUUAGUUGAACAACAUACAGCCGUGACAGACAUGGACAAUAUCAUUUCCAGAGAUAUUUUCUUAUGCGUCUGUGAUGUAUUUUUAACUGGAUAAUUUAUGGAUGGCUCGUGAAGGACCGCUGUGAUGUUCUUAUAUUGUGGUGGUGGUUGUCAUUUUCCACAUCAUCACAAGUAAAUGCUCAGGGCUGCGUUUCCCAAAAGGAUCGUAGCACUAAAGUCAUCUUUUGUCCAUUUACUUUCAAUGGAAUGAACAUGAUCCUAGUGCUACGGUGCUUUGGGGAAACCCAGCCCGGAACCAUACUUCAGCAUUGUUGGAGUAUUCGAGAAGGAGCAUGCAGAGCAAGUUUUCUACAUUAUGAUUGAUGAAAUAUUGUACAAAUUAUGUACUUUUUUAAUGCGAGCACUUGAAUAAAUAUUCUGCUGGUGUGGA